GGGGGGGAUGAAGCGGCGGUUAUGACCUUCCGCCUGGGACUGCAGCCAUGGCAGCCUGUUCCUUUCGGAGGAGCAUCGCUUCUCAGCUUGCAAAGGUUUUGGAUCUACCACCAGAACAUUUAAUAAAGUCCAUAUCUGCAGUUCCUGUCUCCAAACAACGGCGUGUUGCUGAUUUCCAGGUUUCUAUUGCUUCUGUAACAGAAGUCAGCUCUAGUGAUUGCUUAGCCCAAGACCCUUAUCUUCAAGCUCAGAAGCUGGCUGAAAGGCUCAAAUGUGAUGCUGUAGUGAGUGAAAUCAGUGCUGGUCCAGGAACAGUGAACUUUAAGAUAAACAGGGAAUUAUUAGCAAAGACUGUGUUGCAGCAGGUGUUGAAAGACGGCUCAGAGUAUGGAGUAAAAAGUGAGCUUUUCUCCAGAGUUCCUAGACAAAAGACAGUGAUUGAUUUCAGCUCCCCUAAUAUUGCCAAAAAGUUUCACAUAGGACAUUUGCGCUCCACAAUAAUAGGGAAUUUUAUAGCAAAUCUCAAAGUUGCACUGGGACAUGAAGUAAUAAGAAUAAAUUACCUUGGUGACUGGGGCAUGCAGUUUGGUUUGUUGGGUGUUGGUUUCCAACGCUUUGGCAACAAAGAAAAGCUAGAAUCCAGUCCUUUGCAACACCUUUUUGAGGUGUAUGUGCAGAUUAACAAAGCAGCAGAAGAUGAGAACACAAAAAAGCUGGCUAAGGAUUUCUUUAGGAAACUGGAGGAACAUGAUGAGCAGACAUUGUCACUUUGGAAACAAUUUAGAGACUUGAGCAUUGAGGAAUACAUCCGAAUUUAUAAGCGUCUAGGAGUGCACUUUGAUGAGUAUUCUGGAGAAUCAUUUUACCAAGAGAAGUCCCAGGAAGUUCUAAAGCUGUUGGAGGAUAAAGGUCUCCUUCAGAAAACAACAAAAGGGACAGCAAUUGUGGAUCUUUCUGAAAAUAAAGACCUCUCCUCAUUUUCCACUGUCAUGCGUAGUGAUGGGACAUCUCUUUAUAUAACAAGAGAUCUUGCUGCUGCUAUAGACCGAGUGCAGAAGCACAGCUUUGAUACUAUGAUUUAUGUGACAGAUAAAAGCCAAAGGCAACAUUUUCAACAUUUGUUCCAAAUGCUGAAGCUCAUGGGUUAUGACUGGGCAGAAAGGUGCCAGCACGUGUCCUUUGGUCAAAUUCAAGGGAUGAAGACUCGGAGAGGAGAAGUCAUUUUCCUGGAAGAUGUUUUAAAUGAAGUUCGUUUGAGGAUGUUACAAAACAUGGCUUCUGCAAAAACAAGCAAAGAGGUAGAAGACCCUGCAGAGACAGCAGAGAAGGUCGGUCUCGCAGCACUCAUAAUUCAGGACUUCCAGGGCCUUCUGUCAUCAGAUUAUCAGUUCAGCUGGGAUAGAGCUCUUCAAAGCCAUGGGGAUACAGGUGUGUUCUUACAGUACACCCAUGCCAGGCUCCACAGCUUAGAGAAGAUGCAUGGGAAUGAGCCACAAACGGACAUUAACGUGACCUGCUUGCAAGAGCCAAGUGCCAUCUCUGUUCUUCAGCAUCUUCUCAGGUAUGAUGAGGUCCUGUAUAGAUCUUCUCAGGAUCUGCAACCCAAGCACAUUGUCAGCUACCUCCUCACACUGAGCCACCUGGCAGCUGUGGCACACAAAGCCCUUCCUGUGAAAGGCAGCGCCCCGGAGGUAGCCCAGCUCUUGUCUUGCAGGCACGGCUCUGCCUCUUCCACGCCACGCGCCUGGUUCUGGCCAGUGGGAUGGAACUCCUGGGUAUUACACCUGUCACCCAAAUGUGAUGAGGCUGCCACAGCUCUCAGUCAGAGGACUUCAAGAGACUGUAACUCCUGUGCUGUGGGUCUGUGCUAAGGUGCCUGCUCUGGGGGGUGUGCAC